CUUAGAAGCUCUUCUGAAGAUCUGGUGCUUGGGCUUUACUGGAUAUAUCAGCUCAUCUCUUCACAAAUUUGAACUGCUGCUUGUAAUUGAUCCUUACACAGGAAGGAUGGGUGGAUGUCAUGGAUCAGACUCUUAAUGCUGUAGGACAUAUGUGGGCACCUGUAGUUGCUAUUUACUUUAUACUUUAUCAUCUUUUUGCUACACUGAUUUUGCUCAGCUUGUUUGUUGCUGUUAUUUUGGACAACUUGGAACUUGAUGAAGAUCUAAAGAAGCUUAAACAACUAAAGCAAAGCGAAGCCAAUGCUGAUACUAAGGAAAAGCUUCCACUGCGUCUACGUAUAUUUGAAAAAUUUCCUAACAGGCCACAAAUGGUGAAAAUCUCCAAGCUUCCUUCAGAUUUUACAGUUCCAAAAAUAAGGGAAAGUUUUAUGAAGCAGUUUAUUGAUCGUCAGCAGCAGGAUACAAGCUGCUUAUUGCGAAGACUCCCUUCGGCAUCUUCUUCCUCAUGUGACCACUCCAAAAGAUCUGCAAUUGAAGAAAACAAGUAUAUUGACCAAAAGCUCCGUAAAUCUGUUUUCAGCAUCAGGGCAAGAAAUCUUCUGGAAAAGGAGACAGCAAUCAAUAAAAUCCUUAGGGCCUGCACUAGACAACGCAUGCUGAGUGGAUCCUUUGAGGGGCAACCUGCAAAGGAAAGGUCAAUACUUAGUGUCCAGCAUCAUAUACGGCAAGAGCGCAGGUCACUAAGACAUGGUUCUAACAGCCAGCGAAUCAGCAGGGGAAAAUCUCUUGAAACCUUGACUCAAGAUCAUUCUAAUACAGUGAGAUACAGAAACGCACAGAGAGAAGACAGUGAGAUCAAGAUGAUCCAGGAAAAAAAAGAACAAGCUGAAAUGAAAAGGAAAGUCCAAGAGGAGGAGUUGCGAGAGAAUCAUCCAUAUUUUGAUAAGCCACUUUUCAUAGUUGGUCGAGAACACCGAUUCAGGAACUUUUGUCGAGUAGUUGUGCGAGCUCGCUUUAACGCUUCUAAAACAGAUCCUGUUACCGGAGCUGUGAAAAAUACCAAAUACCAUCAGCUCUACGAUUUGCUGGGAUUGGUUACUUACCUGGACUGGGUUAUGAUCAUUGUUACAAUAUGCUCCUGCAUUUCUAUGAUGUUUGAAUCCCCCUUUAGAAGAGUUAUGCGUGCUCCAACACUCCAGAUUGCUGAAUAUGUUUUUGUAAUAUUCAUGAGCAUUGAGCUUAAUCUGAAGAUUAUGGCAGAUGGCUUGUUUUUUACACCAACAGCUGUCAUAAGGGACUUUGGAGGAGUCAUGGAUAUAUUUAUAUAUCUUGUAAGUUUGAUAUUCCUUUGCUGGAUGCCUCAGAACGUUCCUGCUAAAUCUGGAGCUCAGCUCUUAAUGAUACUACGAUGUCUCCGACCCCUUCGCAUUUUCAAACUGGUGCCGCAAAUGAGGAAAGUUGUACGAGAGCUGUUUAGUGGCUUCAAGGAAAUCUUCUUGGUGUCCAUUCUUUUGCUGACAUUAAUGCUUGUUUUUGCAAGCUUUGGAGUUCAGCUUUUUGCUGGGAAACUGGCCAAGUGCAAUGAUCCACACAUCAUCGCAAGGGAAGAUUGUCAUGGCAUCUUCAGAAUAAAUGUAAGUGUUUCAAAAAAUCUGAAUUUAAAGCUAAGACCUGGAGAGAAAAAGCCUGGAUUUUGGGUGCCACGAGUCUGGGCAAAUCCUCGCAAUUUUAAUUUUGACAAUGUGGGAAAUGCCAUGUUGGCACUAUUUGAAGUUCUUUCAUUAAAAGGCUGGGUGGAAGUCAGAGAUGUCAUUAUUCAUCGCGUGGGGCCGAUCCAUGGAAUCUAUAUUCAUGUCUUUGUGUUCCUGGGCUGCAUGAUUGGAUUGACCCUUUUUGUUGGAGUUGUCAUUGCUAAUUUCAAUGAAAAUAAGGGUACAGCUUUACUGACUGUAGAUCAGAGACGGUGGGAAGAUCUAAAGAGCAGACUGAAGAUAGCUCAACCUCUUCAUCUCCCACCUCGUCCGGAUAACGAUGGCUUUAGAGCCAAAAUGUAUGAUAUAACGCAGCAUCCGUUUUUUAAGAGGACUAUUGCUGUGCUUGUUCUGGCCCAGUCUGUCUUGCUUUCAGUGAAGUGGGAUGUCGAAGAUCCAGUGACUGUUCCUUUAGCAACAAUGUCUGUUGUUUUCACCUUCAUUUUUGUCCUAGAGGUCACUAUGAAGAUUAUUGCCAUGUCACCUGCUGGCUUCUGGCAAAGCAGAAGAAAUCGAUAUGACCUUUUGGUGACCUCCCUUGGUGUUAUAUGGGUGAUACUUCACUUUGCCUUACUAAAUGCAUACACAUAUAUGAUGGGUGCAUGUGUAAUUGUCUUCAGGUUCUUCUCAAUUUGUGGGAAACAUGUGACACUGAAAAUGCUGCUGCUGACUGUGGUUGUCAGCAUGUAUAAGAGUUUCUUCAUCAUUGUGGGAAUGUUCUUACUGCUUCUUUGUUAUGCUUUUGCUGGAGUAGUUUUAUUUGGCACAGUGAAAUAUGGAGAGAACAUUAACAGGCAUGCAAACUUUUCAUCAGCUGGCAAGGCCAUUACUGUACUCUUCAGAAUAGUUACUGGGGAAGACUGGAACAAGAUUAUGCAUGACUGCAUGGUUCAGCCUCCUUUUUGUACUCCAGAUAACAGCACAUACUGGAGGACAGAUUGUGGAAAUUAUGCUGGUGCUCUGAUGUAUUUCUGUUCCUUUUAUGUCAUCAUUGCAUACAUAAUGCUAAAUUUGCUUGUUGCGAUCAUUGUGGAGAAUUUCUCAUUGUUUUACUCCACCGAAGAAGACCAACUUUUAAGCUAUAAUGAUCUUAGACAUUUUCAAAUUAUAUGGAACAUGGUUGAUGACAAAAGAGAGGGGGUAAUCCCUACCUUCCGUGUGAAGUUUCUGCUGAGGUUGCUGCGUGGGAGGUUGGAGGUAGAUCUUGACAAGGACAAACUUUUGUUCAAGCACAUGUGCUAUGAAAUGGAGAGGCUGCAUAAUGGUGGAGAUGUCACGUUCCAUGACGUAUUGAGCAUGCUGUCAUACAGGUCUGUUGAUAUCAGGAAAAGCCUUCAACUGGAAGAGCUUCUUGCCAGGGAACAACUGGAGUAUACAAUAGAAGAAGAAGUGGCCAAACAAACCAUACGCAUGUGGCUGAAGAAAUGCUUAAAGCGUAUCCGAGCAAAACAGCAGCAGUCAUGUAGCAUUAUCCAUAGUCUACGAGAGAGUCAACAGCAGGAGUUGAGCCGAUUUCUGAAUCCGCCCAGCAUUGAGACAACACAGCCAAGUGAAGAUAUGAAUACUAAUAAUCAAGAUAACAAUGCACAGCCAGAGACGAGUAGCCAGCAGCAGCUCCUUAGUCCAACACUUUCUGACAGGGGCGGGUAUCGGCAGGACUCUACAGAUGGUGGGAAGCCUCAACGGAAAUUCGGACAAUGGCGUUUACCUUCAGCCCCCAAACCAAUAAGCCAUUCAGUGUCUUCAGUCAAUCUGCGGUUUGGUGGUCGCACAACUAUGAAAUCUGUUGUAUGCAAGAUGAAUCCUAUGUCAGAUGCUGCUUCUUGUGGAUCAGAAGUGAAGAAAUGGUGGACAAGACAACUAACUGUGGAAAGUGAUGAAAGUGGGGAGGAUCUUCUUGACAUCUGACCAAGAAAAGAGGCUAACUUAAGUCAUAUUGCAACAACAGCCAUUUCAAAUAAAAACAAUUUUCUUGGGUUUUGAAUUGAAUGAGAUAUAAUUGAUGUAUGAUUUAUUUAAAACUAAUGCCAUAGGAUUUUUCAACUGCUUUAUCUUUUUGCCAUAUAAAACAUAAUACAGAUCUGUAUGUUAGAUUUCAGCUCUAUUGUGAUGAUUACUGUAUGUUAGGAAGACUCUAUAUUAUGGCAGUAUUGACGACGCCACAGAGUCUCUAUUGUCUUUAGCAUAGAUGGAGCGUUGAAAGAUUUCAUACAUUCUGUAGCUGUAACAAAAAUUUGUAUUCAGGUAUACACUUUCCAUCCUGUACCAUACCUGAAAAUGGCCAGCACAUUACUGUACAGCAUUUCUUUUCUUUUUCUUUUCCCUCGGUUCUAUUCUAGUAAUAUUUCUCUAGAAAGAUUUUAUUAUUCAUGAAUGACCUAAAGAGGUCAGCACUGAGUUCAUGGUAAGGGACAGUAUUUUUACAAAGUACAGAUUCUGAAUUUCAAGUCUAGUCUUUUUCUUGUAAUUUUCUUAAAUAUGCAAAUACAAUAUAGCUGAUUUUAAAAUCAGAAAAUGAUGGAUUGGCUUUUACAAAUUGGAAUUUUUUCUUCUGGUUAAUUAUGUAAAGAGUUCCAUUUUCAUAAGAAAUCAGCUAAAAAAAUUACACGGUUUAAGAAUUUGCAAAAGCAUCUACACAUGGUGUGUUUCAUUAAUGACCUGGAAAACAAAAAUAAAUCCUACAUAAAGUGGAAACUCGGAUGGAUUGCUAAAGAGGAGUACAAAAGAAUUGCAAAACCAGAAAGCCUAAGGGACAAAACUAGUUACACCUAGUAAGGGACAAAAGCAGCAAUAAGAAGAGGUUCUUUAAAUACCUUAAGAGCAUGAGAAAAACAUAGGAAAGUGUAGGUCCUCUACCUAGUGAGGAAGGAGAGCUCAUGAUAUCAAGAAGCUGCAACGUUUGAUGCCUAUAAUGCUUCAGUCUUCACUAAAAAGAUUAAUGGUGACCAGAUACUUAAUACAAUUAAUAUUCUAACAAGGGGGAAGGAACACAAGGCACAAUAGGAAAAGUACAGGUUAAAGAAUAUUUAGAUAAGUUAGGAUGAAUUUCAUUUGGCCCUACCAACUUGAAUAUAUCUAAGGUACUUAAGAAACUAGCUGAAGCAAUCUCGGAACCAUUAACAAUUAUCUUUGAGAACUCAUGGAGGCCCCAGAGGACUGAAGAAGACCAAAUAUAGUACCUGACUUUAAAAAGGGAAACAAAGAGGACUUGGGGAUUUAUAGACCGGUCAUCCUAACAUCGAUAUCUGGAAAGAUACCAGAACAAUUUAUUAAACAAUCAAUUUGUAAGUGCCUCGAGGAUAAUAGGGUGAUAAGGAAUAGCCAGCAUGGAUUUGUCAAGAACAAAUUAUGCCAAACCAACCUAAUUUCCUUCUUUGACAGGGUUACUGGCCCAGUGGAUAGAGGGGAAGCAGUAGAUAUGUCAUAUAAAAUAGCAAGUUGGGGUCCUCUUUACAACUCUGAGGCUUUUAAAAUACAGUUCAGUUUUACCAAUCUAGAUAGGAGUGAACCAAGUUUUAACCAUGUUAACACUCAUGCUCCAGUCUGACAAACCCAAGGCUGUAUCAUGAUUCCAUAACAUGGUUAAAAAGUGGUUUGGUCCCUUUUAGUCUGGGAAAUCAUGUUUUAACAUGUGAUGGUGGUUUGUUUUGUGUAGUACCAAGAAUGCUAACCACUUGAGAAAUAAGUAAAAGAGAAUCCGUUGGUUUCCCAAAGAGUUUUCAAUAUAGGUUGAUGCUAUACAAAUACAGGGAUGGGAAAGAGAAGCGACCAAAAGCAAUGUGAAUGAUCAGUGAAGCAUGGCACAUAUCUUGUAGGUUCCACAAUAUACAGUUGUUUAAAUAUAUGGGCUGGGGAUUGUGUGCCCUUUCCUCAGAUACACACUGGCAGUUGUAGGCUUUGUUGUUGGGCCCCAAACACAAUUGUUUUUGUAGUAUAGCGGAGACCUUUUCCACUACCAUUGUUUCCUAUGGAAAUGAUAGGUUGCUUUAACAUGGCCUGACGUGAGAUCUUGUGAGAGGCUCACAGUUAAUGUAUGGCUCCACAUGUAACAUUUUCUUUCAAAAACUGGCAAUUGUCAGUGUUCUACAAUGUUUUCUGGCCAAAACAGUAAUGGAGAAUGAUCAGAAGACAGUAUGGUUUUCACUGAUGCCUUCACCAGUGAUGCAAACUCAGUUUUGACCAUAAAAUACAGUUUUCAUGACAUCUAUCAACAUUUCUCUGUGUGCUGUUGAACAGACAUUUUUUAAACGUAAUAGUCUCAAAGAGUCAUCAUAUACACAUUUGUGCUUGGUGUAGUCAUUCUGUUCUGUGGUACAUUUAAGUUUAAAACUAGUCAAAACUUAAAUACAUCAUAGAUUUAGAGUAACCCAGUAUGUGCAUUCUGUUGUUUAUUAAGUAGACUAUGACUAAACGUUUAAGAAAAUUACAAAACAUCUUUGACAAGGCCAGUAUUUUGUGUUCUGUUUUGUGUCAGUUUGAAGUUCAGCUUUUGUAUAUAAGACAAUCUGAUAAAUAUUGGAUUUAUAAAAGAUAUAAUCUUGAUUUUCAAUAAUGUAUUGAACUGCAGAAACUUUCUGAAUCAUUGUUACUGCGAGUCGUCUUUUUAAAAAAAAAAUCUGGCAAACAUUUUGUCCUUGCCUACAGUACUCUGUUAAUAAAAGUUAGUUGCAUUAAGCCAGAUCCAUCCCCCAAACUUUCAUUAUAACUGCAUUUGAUGUGCUUACCUCAUAUAUUAGUUGGCUGCAUAAUAGCGUGUAAUUUUAUUUAAAAUGCAUGCAGAGUAGCAGUGGUAGCAUUUAAGUCCUAACAAUUGCCAUAUCAGAUCAGAGCAGUGGUCCAUCCAGUCCAGUAUUCUAGAUGUUUCUGAUGAAGGGCAGGAAAUCCUGUAAUGGAUAAUUAUAUCAAUAUUAUUUCAUUACUGGAGGAGCCAAGGCCUCUCGACUUACCUUGAAACAAAUAUUUUUAAGCAUAUUCAAGGAAAACAAGCAGAUUAAGAGUUAGCCACAAUGGAAAAGCCAGAAUCCAGUUGUCUGUACCCUAGUUGGGCUACAUGGGAUAGAUCACUUGAUGAUUACCUGUUCUGUUCAUUCCCUCUGGAGCACCUGGCAUUGGCCACUGUCAAAAGACAGGAUACUGGGCUAGAUGGACCUUUGGUCUGACCCAGUAUGGCUGUUCUUAUGUAGUUUUGCUGUUACAGAUGUAAGCAAUCAAAUACAAUUACAGAGAUGUGGAAAUGUAUAUAUGUCAAUCGUAACACUCAGGGAUGUCAGAAACCAGGUGAAAAACCUCCUUAUAUAACUAAAAAAUAGGAGAGAGCCAUCACAUUCAAUAGUGGAGAACCUAGCAGGGGAAAGAGGUUAAGAGGCGACAAGUUGAAAAAUCACCUCAAGUGCAGUGACAACUUGCCUGAACAAUACAGUUCAGCCAGGGAAAGAAAAGCCCGACAGGGAGGCAGAGUGCACCAGUUCACCGAUGGAAAUGUAAGUGUCCUAGAGAAGAGAGAAGUUGAAAAAACCACAGACCUAAAAAGUUAACAA